AUGAACUCGGAGACCCAAGUUCUGGUCAAAGAGGAAGUCGAAAAGAUGCACAAGUCGGGCAUUAUCAAGGUAGCCAAGUACAAUAAGUGGCUAUCCAAUAUAGUGCCUGUUCGCAAGAAGAAUGAGGUUUACAUUGAUGAAGUCGUCGUGAAGUCUAAGAAGAGUGGAGAUCGCUUCACGGAUCUUAGAAAAGUUUUCGAGCGCAUGCGGCUACACAAGCUAAAGAUGAAUCCCGCCAAGUGCGUUUUUGGAGUUCAGGCAGGCGAUUUCCUGGGAUUCAUUGUCCAUCAAAGGGACAUUGAGGUCCCUGAGGAUAAGGCAAACGCGGUCAUCAACGCAUCUCCCCCCGAACGAAGAAAGAAUUACAGCUACUACUGGAACGAGUUUGUGUGGGAACCUAAACAUCAAGAGGCUUUCGACAAAAUCAAGGCCUAUCUGGCGAGCCCACCAGUGCUUGUUCCUCCCGGAGCUGGAUUUCCAUUAAAGUUGUAUGUUUUAGCAGCUGAGGCUUCCAUUGGCAGCCUCCUCGCUCAGGAUGAUGAAGAGGGUGUCGAACAUGCCAUCUUUUAUCUCAGUAGGACACUCACAGAUUACGAAGCAAGUCAAGUAUAUGCUAUCGCGACCUAUCCUGAGAGGCCGUAUUGGCAAGUGGGUGCUCGCCUUAUCAGAAUUCUCGCUACAGUAUGCCCACAAAAAGCAGUAAAGGGGCAAGCCAUCGCGGACUUUCUGUCACAUCACCUUAUGCUGGAUGUCCCCGCGGUUAGAGAUUUAGAGGUCGCUGCCACAACUUUAGAUCGCCCAGAUUUGGCGUGCUUACCAGAGUACGUCGCGCUGUAUCAAGCCACAGUCUCACUCCAGCCCUGGGUGUUAUAUUUUGACGGGUCAAGAACGGAUACGCUAGCAGGAGCAGGAAUUGCACUGGAGAAUUCGGCUGGAGAUCACUUUUCGUACUCAUUCCAGUUGGAGUUUCAAUGUACCAACAACCAGGCAGAAUAUGAGGCCUUAAUCAUAGGCCUAGAAGUACUGCUGGAAAUGGGAAUCAGAGAUGUACAAAUACUUGGCGAUUCUUUCUUGGUUAUCAAUCAGUUGUGCAAUGAGUUCAGAUGCAAUAGCUUCACGUUGGUCCCUUAUUGGAACAGGACAUUAGAACUGUCGGACCAAUUUGAUAACGUACAUCUUGAGUACAUUCCUCUCGAGCGAAAUUUUGCUGCAAACGAGUUGGCCCAGCUGGCAACAGGGGUAACAUUGAGAUAUGGCGUGCGGGAGAGAAUCCUUAAAGUUGAGCGUCGCACGCUUCCUUCAUGGAUGGCGAGAAGAGAUCCUCCAGACGAUACCUCAGUCGCGACCCUGGAAUCCAUUGACGUGGAUUGGCGCAUCCCUUUGAUCAAUUAUCUCAAGCAUCCUGAUCAGACCACGGAUAGGAAGAUUCACUAUCUUGCCCUUAACUACUUCCUCAGAGGUGAUGAACUUCGCAGACGAGGAGAAGAUAACGUGGAUUUCAGAUGUGUUUAUGGCCAGAAAGCGAAACAACUCAUAAGCGAAGUUCAUUCUGGCAUUUGUGGCGCUCACCAAGCAGGUCCAAAGAUGCGAUGGUUGCUCAGACGACAUGGAUAUUUUUGGCCUAGUAUCUUGAAGGAUUGUAUCGCGUUCGCUAAAGGUUGUUUGGACUGCCAAGCUCAUGGGCCGGUCCAGCAUGUUCCUAAUAUUCCAAUGCAGCCCAUUAUACAGCCUUAG